CAGGCCCUGCCCACUUGGGACUACGUAAUGUAAUAGGGUCACAAUCCUUGCGACAACAAAUGGCCCAUUUUUCUUCAGCCAGUGCACAGGAAUUCCUCCCCUAAACUGUUGCGGCUAUAAUAAUUCAAUGGACGGUGGCACUAAUCGCGAUAUGGAUGUUUCCAUAAUAGACAAGGACGAGAGUUCGGACAAGGCUUAUCACGUCGUGGACGGGUUCGUCAUUGAAGACAGCAAAAAGCCGUUCCCACAAAAUGGGCAGCUGUCCUUUGUGCCCGAGGCAUACGGCAAAGAGAAACCACUGCCACCACCAUCCCACAAGAGAACUCGUCAGAGCACCAAUACACCUAAACACUCACGCAAUGUCUCACCAGAUAUCACAAAUAUGCACACCUGUGAGUAUUGCAAGAUAGUUGCUGUGGGUAGUGAGUUCUUGGCACCCUCCAGAAGAUUUUGCAGCAUGUCGUGUUGCAAGCGAUACAGUGCCGAGAAGCGCUACUAUCCGUACGGGAAAGAUGAGGAAGGGAUUGCCAAAGCUAUUCGCGAGGGACUGGUGAAUCCAAAUGGCAAGUCAGUAAGACAGGCAGCCCCUGGGGCAGCAAAACAGAACAAAGGAAACUCUAUGCGAGAUCAGAGAAGAAGGAAAAUGGCAUCAUUUUCCAAAGACAAAGGAACUCCUAAUGGAGGGACCACCUCGAAAUCACCUCGAGGCAAGCGUGCGAGAGCCACCCCCUCUAUCACACCUGCUCUUCACAUACCACCACUGGAAAAUAAACCCACACCCACUGAAACUCCUAUCGAAGUGUACGCCCACCCUACGGGUGUGCCCCUGCAAUCAUGGACGAUUGACGAUGUAAGUGACUUCCUCACAUUCCUUGGUUACGAGGUCUACAUCGAUCGUUUCCUAGAGAACGAGGUCGACGGCAGAGCUCUGAGUCUUGUCAAAGACUAUCAUCUUCUGAUGGUUCUCCAGUUGCGGCUCGGACCCGCCCUCAAAGUAUGCCAACAGAUUAAUGCAAUUAAAGCUAUGGACGAUGUUUCCGAUGCCGAGUAAAACAAUAAUUUAUUAUUUGUGUGUUAAACCCUAAAUGCCCUUUCAUAUUGCCUUUUUUUACCCCUUUGUAAGGAUAAUUUUACAGAGCUAAAAAACCUAUUAUUGUUCGUCUUCUGCCUUGUAUACUUUUUGUUGUUUGACAAUAAUUAUUUGUGCGCACAAUAUCCACAUUACCAUAGUAACUCAUGACACUUCACCUUAAUUAGCCUGUCGUCUAAUACAUGUGUGCUUGUAUGUUUUCAACAUGUGUCUCAUAUUAUAAAUUCUUCUGUCUUCUUAUAACAUGUCUUUGUAUAAUGUUUUAACUAGUGU